UGCAGUAAACCAUUGCACAGAAGAUGAACAUUAGCAAAUGAAGGUUAGCGGUGACAGCAAGAGCACCAGGGAGCCCCUGGAUUAAUGCUGGUGCUUUGGAAAACUCUAGUGGUGCUGCUGCAGUCCUGAAAAAUAAGCACAUGUUUUCAUGGGAUCUGUUUAAAAUGGAAGGCUCACUUCUCAGAGCAGUUUCCGCACACAGAUCUUCUGGCAGCAGCUGAGUGGGUCUCCCCAGGCAGCAGAACAGUGCAAUGAAAAAACUAUUGACGUCUAGAUGAGAUGCAUGAAGCCAGAGGUGGCUGGUGAAGGAUUCACUCUCAGUUAUCAACAGAAAUGGACGUGUCUUCAGCAGAGUGCUUGGGAUUCUGUCCCAGACUACAAAUGGAGAGAGGCAAAGCCAACCUGGGAGAAAAAGGGACAGGGUUUGAACAUGGGCACCCAGCCACACCCCGUGACCAAGGCAGAGAUCCCCGACUAUGUUCUUUACACCGUAGGAACAUGUGUGCUCAUUAUUGGCUCCAUUGGCAUCAUUGGAAACCUCCUAGUUCUCUACGCAUUUUACAGCAACAAGAAGCUGAGGACACCCCAAAACUACUUUAUAAUGAAUUUGGCUGUGAGCGACUUCCUGAUGUCGGCUUCUCAGGCACCCAUGUGCUUUGUCAACAGCUUGCACAGAAAGUGGAUUUUUGGAGAUAUAGGCUGUGACUUGUACGCUUUCUGUGGGGCACUCUUUGGAAUAACCUCAAUGAUGACUUUAUUAGCUAUUUCUGUUGACCGCUACCUUGUGAUCACUAAGCCCCUACGGUCCAUACAGUGGUCUUCAAAGAAACGCACCGUGCAGAUCAUCGCCGUCGUGUGGCUGUACUCGCUGGGAUGGAGCGUGGCUCCACUCUUCGGGUGGAGUUCCUAUGUGCCUGAGGGCUUGAUGAUAUCCUGUACAUGGGACUAUGUAACCUACUCCCCUGCAAACAGAAGUUACACCAUGAUUUUAUGUUGCUGCGUGUUUUUUAUUCCCCUGAUAAUAAUAUUCCAUUGUUAUUUAUUUAUGUUCCUGGCCAUAAGACGUACUGGCAGAGAUGUUCAAAAGCUGGGGUCCUGCAGCCGGAAAUCCUACCUCUCUCAGUCCAUGAAGAAUGAAUGGAAACUAGCAAAAAUUGCUUUUGUGGUCAUCAUUGUGUUUGUCUUGUCCUGGUCUCCGUAUGCUUGUGUCACCUUGAUUGCCUGGGCAGGUCGAGGCAACAUCCUGACACCAUAUUCCAAAUCUGUGCCAGCAGUUAUUGCCAAAGCUUCUGCAAUCUACAACCCCAUCAUAUAUGCAAUAAUUCACCCAAGAUACAGAAAAACCAUCCACAAUGCUGUUCCCUGCUUGAGGUUCCUAAUACGAAUAUCGAAGAACGACCUCCUGAGAGGGUCCAUAAAUGAGUCAUCAUUCAGGACCUCUCUCUCCAGCCAUCAGACUCUUGCUGGCAGGACAAAGAGCACUUGCGUUUCAUCAGUUUCCACUGGAGAAGCUACCACUGAUUACACAAUGAUGCAAGAGAGUAUCAACUGUGAUGAUUUCAUAAACUCUAAAAUACCCAGAUUAUCUUUGCAAUAUGAGACCUGGAGCGAUGUAGAGCUUGACCCUGUAGAGCCACCUCAUAAGAAACUGCAGCCUCACCGAAGUCAUUCUUUCUCAACAAGUCUGAGACAGGAGAAGAGAGACCUGCUCCCAAAGACCUGCAGCUGUGAUGCAGCAACUGCAGAAAAGGUUUCACUCUCCUCCAGCUGUUUGGAGAAGGUGCUUGGGCGGCCAGUCCUACACAGUCCCCCUGCAACGCUCGUGACCAGCUCCCUAAGAGCAGCUUCUCUGCCUGUGGGUUUGAAUAGCAGCAGUGUCAGCAGAGGAGGAGACUCAGGUACUUCACAGAUGGCAACUCAAGAAAGUCAAGUUAAUGGAGUCCUGGGCUCUGUCAUUAACAAUACAAUCCCUCGCAUCAUCAUCAUUCCUACCUCAGAGACCAACCUAUUUCGAGAGGAGCUGGAAGAGGAGGAGACUGAAUUAUUCCACUUUCAUGACAAAACGGGCAAUCUGCUGGACUUGGAAGGGCUUAGCUCAUCCAUGGAGUUCCUUGAAGCUGUUGAGAAAUUUCUAUCAUAAGUUUGUCAAAAGAAAACUUUCCGGUAAUUAUUUUCUUGGCAUCUUCUCCACUUAAUUAUACCAAAUAACCAAAGCCUUGUAGGUUAGCUCAUCAGACUUUUUGUAUGUUUAUACAGUAGUCACUAGGCAGCCUUCAGAUUUAUCUUUGUCCAGACCAGCUCAGCCGUGGAAACAGGCUUUCUUUCAGAUUGUGCUGCAGGAAAUGAGCAGUGGAAGAUCUGGCAGCAUGAUCGAGUAGCAUCGGUCAAGUCGGCCGCCUGCUUCGUGGGGCCCUGAUUUGUAACCACAGAUAGAGGUGCCAGCAGAAAGAAAAAUGACUGAGCGAGAGCAGGGGCAGCUGCUGAAUGUUUCUGCUACCUGUGCAUGAAACGGCAUUCCUGUUUUGGCAGCUCUCUUGUGGACAGUGAGGGGAAGCACCAUGAGACCACAGCUUCCACCAGCCCCAGCGGUAAUGCAGACGGCUGGAUGAUCUGAUCUAUCGUUUAAUCAAAUUAUUUGCAGCAUUGGUUUUGUUUUAUUUUGUUUUUUCAAUAGGCAGCUUGCUAAAUGUAAAUAAACAAACUGAUGGUGUGACUGGGAAGUGACUGCUUGCUUUUAAAAUUUAGUGCUAGAAGUCUGGAUUUUACCUCAGCAUUAGCACGAUCACCUGAAUGUUGAAAUGCAAGGUGCUAUAUGCUAAAACAUACACUGCUACCUGUAGAAGCAUUUAGAGCACCUUCAGAGUUACAGUCUUGAUUAAAUAUGUAUGGAUCCUAAUAAGUCUGUGAUUAAAAGGGUGAAUGUUCAUAGCUGGCUUGAUAAGUCAUUGAUAAAAAUAAAGCCUUGGCUGCUAUAUAUCACAUGUCUUUUCAGAGGAGAUUCUUCUCCUCUCCUCCUCUAAAAUGACUCAGCGGAUGUAUUCUCCUAUAGGUCACUUACCAGAGGCCUUCAGGGUGGUUAAAACAUCAUCUCGGGGAGAAAACUCCACAGUACUGUGCUGUUUGCUACAGGAUCUGCAAUCACAUCGUUAUCUGUGGUUACUGAUUGUACUUAUUUUAUCUGUGCUUCACAUUAUGGCUCAGGCUCACAAGACCCUCCUAGUAUUUUAUUUCUAACUGCAUUCUUCCUUUCAUUACUCAUUUUCCCUUUCUAUAACAUGUUCUCCACAUCCUCCCAUUCAGUCUCUGACUUUCAAAUGUAGACAAGUUGAACUAUAUGGUUCUCCACAUAAUAUCAGUAUACCUUAUUAGAAAGCAGGCAUUUCUCUGGAUAUAAUAGUGCAAAUAUUUGGUCCAGUGAGUCUAGAAGCGUUCAGACAUCCAACAAGAGAGUGAGAGUUUAUGCUCAUAGUCUCGGGCUAGUCCCUUGACUGUAUCCUAGAUUGUGCAGAGACCACUGAGAAUGUUUCCAAGUUUUGUGUAUGCACUGGCUGGUCUUGAGAAGUAAUUUCUCUUUUCCUGUUCUCCUGAUGCAAAAAACAGAUGGAAAGGUGGAAGGCCUAGAACUAUUUUUUUUAAUUAUUUUUUUAUUACAAAAGAAGAUAACACAAAUCUCGUUUGCAACUAGCUAGACAGGAACACCACUAAAGAACAAACUAAAACCCAAAGUAGGGCAGGAGAGAGAGGAAUGCCUCCAAACUCACAGACCUGAGGCUUUGCAGGGUGUCAGCACAGCAGACCUUCGAGAGGACCAAGACACUUGCUUUUGGUAUAGGCUGUGCUCUUUUUAGGAAAAAAAAAAACCACUGGUGGGUUACAGAGGUCAUUGCUGAGACAGGCUGCCUGUUGCAAUGUUAACACUCUUAAUGCUGCUGUUAUUUGAGGUACUCUGCUGUCUAGAGAACCUCAUCAGAAAUGAGGCCAACACACCUCCUUACCUUGUAGGGAAGAGGGGACAAGGGUGGCGGAGCCCCAUCAUGCGUGCAGUUGCCGGCGUGCAGCCCUGGUUCGUGGUGCAAGGGGCCAGGGCUCAGCCGGGUCAGCACCACGCUGCGGUACCUGCAGCAGGGCUGACAAAGGCUGUGCCCACCGGCACUGGCCUACCGGGUCCAGGAAUCACGCCAAGGUCGUCUGCAAUCAGCUCAGCAUUUCCAAAGGCAAUUCCUCCAUGCGAGGACUGGCGCAGUGAGCAGGCGGCGUGGGGCAGCUGCUGGGGGCUGGGGUGGGGACGUGCUCGUCUGCACCUCCUCAGUGCCGGGCUUUCAUCCAGUGCAUGGUUUUGGCCACAAUGAGUAAUCAAAUGUUAAUUAAAUACAACGUUCAUGGAAAAUGGGGGAGACUUAAUCCUAGGCUAAACAUGCUGUCCUGCCAUCUCUGAUUCUUUUCAUUUUUUUGCUGAACCUGUCCUCUCUGAUUUGGUUUUUUUCCUACGUCAACUGUGCAGUCAGUGACCUUAUUUCUUCUUGCAUUUAAUAUCCUUAGCUGCUGUAUGUCCUUUCUUCUUGAGCCAGAUGUUGGGAAGCAAGCGUUCUUAUAAAGCUUCCAAGUCUUACACCUGACUUUUACUGGUUUAAUUACUCUAAAUAACAAUAAGAAAAUGUAUUUCAUGUUCCAAGAUAUAAAAACAUGCCCUGGAGCAGAUUUUGCACUCAGAUGUUGACAGACUUGUACUGGUAAGACUGUAGGCAGGAUAUUGCCAUAGUUUCCGACAGGAUGAAGAAAGUAAGACCUAAAGUAACAGUCAACAAACUCCUCCGUAUCCAGACAAAUUUUUGCAGUUAGCCUACUAGAUGACUUUCCAGUGGUCUCUUGCAUAUGUGCUGGUACUAAUGAAGUGUCUCAGAAAACUAGUGGGCUUGAGGUAUGUGCAAAGAAGUGUUUCAUUUUUAUACUGUUAAUCUCAUAUACUGUUAGUACCAUUGCUUCUGAGAAAGCAUUGACCAAGCUAAUGUCAAGAUUACUGUUUAUUUCAACUGAUGUAGGCUAGAAUGCCAAAUGAUAGAGCAGUAGAGAGAUAAAACCUAAAGUUGUAUGAAAUAUCAGAUAGACUUAUUACAAUUACUGUGAGAUUUUUGCAGAAACAUCAGUCACAGAGUAAAUGAGUCUUAAAUUGACUGCUGCAAUGCAGAAAAAUUUUGCAAACUUCUCUGUUGCCACAUUAGAAUAGAUGGCACA